UGUAAUAGUCACAGCAGCACAGAGGCAGUCUCUGCUACAUUGUCCUUCUCUGUCCUCUCCUCCUCCUUCCUCUCUUCACGUCCCUCCGUCCGUGCCUGUGUAUUUCCUUUGUAUCUUGUUUUAUCCUCUUACAGUCUCCCGCUUUUUGCUCUCUGCCUUUGAUAUUCAUAUCUCUGUUCAUUCUGCACGUUCUGAGAGAAGAUGGGUUGUGGAAAUUCUUCUGCAGCCAGUACAGCUGGAGGUCAACCCGAAGCUGCCAAAGGCGAGAUUGAGGACGCUUCUCCAGAGGAUGAGAAGAGGAAGAACUAUGGAGGAGUGUACGUUGGAUUACCUGCUGACCUCAGCAAUGUAAAUACAGCCCCAACCCCGUCCACACACAAAGUCCCUUUUCUACAACAGAUUGAUGAUGAUAUCAUCAAUGGCACAUGUGCAGGGCAGGUUGAUCAUGACUAGAGACAUGUCGUGAUGUCACCAAGAAAGACAAUCACUCCUGACUGACUGAACAGUAGAGAAACUGUGAGACGUCCAGUCGUCUCUCUGGAGCAAACUGGGAUCAAGCCAAGUGAGACACUUAGAUGAGAUGAAGCUGACUGGAAACCUUUUUUACAGUGAUUUAAGAUGAUUUGCCUCAGGGACAGAUCAGUAACUGCUCUCAGAUCAGUGGCAUAAUGUGCAAACACCAUCUCAGGACAUACAGCAGGUCUGAAAAGCAAGACGUAUGCCAUGUUGGAAGUUUGGAGGACACAUGACCGUUGGAAACCAGAACGUUCUGCCUACCUGUGAUGAGUAACUGUAAACUCAAGGACUCCAGCACUAACAUUAUUCUUGCCACUGCUCUGUAAGUAGGACACUGCUGACUCACUUCAGCUUCACAGCAACCAGUCCACUUAGAGACUCUUGUGAAACUCUUGACCAUGUGUGUUUAGGGGUGAGAGAAAGAAAAGGGUUUAGAGUGCUCAGAGAAGGAGAGAUGAGGUGAUAAAAUAGGUGCAGAGAGUAUAAUUGGAUUUCAUGGGUGCUCUUUAUCAGCAAAUCUCAGCUAGCCUCUGCUCCGAGGUGACUCUGUGUUCUUUAACAUCCUGGUGUUUAGGUUUCUCUGUGUUCUCUCUGCGCUCUCACUGUUAUGAUCAAACCUGUGUACAGUCUGAACUGGAACAUACAGACCCUCUCAGGUUCUCCAGUCACCGAGCAUUAUCUAGCAUUAGCAUUACUGAUAAAUGUUUGUGUCUGUAUUUUGGUUGUGAUAAUAUAGCUGGGGUCUAUACUGAUUUUCAAGAGCAAGCCAGAAUGUUUUAUUUCUACUAAAAUGUCACUUUGGGCUGUUUUAGUGUCAGAAUCAAAAUAAUUUCACAUUCGGUUUUAUUGUGCACCUUUUCAUGUCAGUAGUUACAGGUCAUUAGGAGCAAUAAUUAGUUAGUAAUGGAAUUAGUUAAUAAUUAACCAGCACUCAUUUCGCUUCAGCUAAGCAUCAUAGAGAUGCUGUACUAAUGAAGACGUGAACAGGUUUAGCUUGUUAGUUAUCUAACAUGGCUAAUUUAUAUACUGCUUUAACAAGCUUAAAUUCUGCCUCACUGAAAAAAUAAUGCUAGAUAUCUGGUCCACGCUCUUACUGAGGACAUGUUUAGCUAGCUAGCUUACCAAGGGGUCUGUUUGGGCAGUACUUCAAGACUCUCUCUCAAGAGAAUAUCUGCUAUGAGACACGCAUACAUAUCCUGUUAGCCACCGUCAGGACACCAAAGCCAUGAAGAUCUGCCAGAGAUCCACUAUUUAAAAAUGCCACUUUAGCCAAAAGCUAAAGACCUUCAGUGAUAAUCCAUGAUAAUAAAUGGACAACAUUGUAGCUAACGUCAAUCCAGUUCUUGAUACAGUAGAUAUGAUCAGAUAAUUACCAAAUAACAUCAGGUUGCUAGGCUACGUAGAUUUUUUUUUUUUUGCAACCAGGUCACGUAUGAAUGAAUAUCAUUUUGUUUACAAACACCAGAGGGUUCUAUAUCUGUAAAAAAAAAAUUUGCCAGGAACCUGCAUUCCUUUUUACACUUAAUAGAAAAACAAAAAACAAAACAGAACAAAAAAACAAACAAAUAAAAUGGCUAUUGCUACUAUGGCUAGUAUACUUUAGAUUGUUUUAUACACAAUUUUUUACGUUUAUCGAUGAAACAAGCAAAGAAAACAAACAAACAAUCAAAUAAAACGUCUAUUGCUACAAUGGCUACUAGACACUGGGGGUGGGGUUCUAUAUAAUUUUACACUAAGUGAUGAUAAACAAACAAACAAACAAAAGUUAAAUACAUAAAAUGGCUACAAUGGCUAUUAGACCUUGGGGAGUUUUCUAUAUAAUUUAUUACAUUUCUUGGUGAUAAACAAACGUCUAAAUAAAAUGGCUAUUGGUAUGAUGGCUGUUAGACUUUGGGAAGUGUUCUUGAGGAUUGUAUUGUUUAAUUUGCAAAUAAUGUUUUGAAAAGGAAUAAAGGCAGCAAAUAUCCAUGUUUAUAUACAGAUUAUUGUGUAAUAUAUUUCGCUCUUACAGUUCAACUGCUACUUUUUUCCUCUGUUUAUAUGUAAAAAAAAAAAAAUCAAAACCAAACUAGAAGCUAGCUACUGAACUCACUGAAGAUGCUGGUCUGACCGUAACACCUGGAACCAGUGGUCAGACCAGGAUGGUGAUGUAACUUCAAGUUUCAGAUACACAUCCGAUGAUGUGAGUGAGAAUCUUGUGUUUUGUGAGAUACUGUUGAUCAGCGUCAGCAUUUCAAUAUAACGAAUGCUCUUUUUUUUUAUCCACGCUGACAUUUGUGUGUCAUUUGCGUGCAGUACAAUCUCAUCCAAUCACAAUCCUCCCUGUUCCUACAGAUCACACAGCAUGUAUUUUGACACAUUUCACAGCUGUGGCUGUUCUGGAGGUUUGAAUGUACAGUAUAUGAAUACUUUACAGUUAAAAGCCUUUCACAAUGUAUUGUACUCACAACUUGUUUACAAUCGCAGGAAAUGCAUAAAUACAUAAAGCUUGCAGAAAGUGGUUAUGUAAAUUAUUAAUAUUUGACCUCAACACACUGAACUCUAAAGCUUUAAACUGGACUGGACUGUCAGUAUUUCUUUCACGUGAUCAAUUUCCAAUAGCAUUUGUGACUGU